AGCAAAGAGUUGUAAGUUCAUUGAGAUAUUAAUUCAGUUGAUGAUCAGAUAGAGGAGAGUAAAGUUGAUCCAAAUUGCUGAACAAUUUACUAAUUUAAUCGAGUUAAUUGAAGAGUUUCUAUUGAUUUUUUGAUUUUGUAUCGGCAACAAUUAGUUUUUUUGUUUCAUGUGUCUACAAAGUGAUUGUGUUUUGCUUGGUAAUCAAAGUGAUUAGUUAAUUGUUAGAGAUCAUAGUUUCUGCUGUGUUUUAUUUUCUGUUCAAAGUAAAAUCAUCAUGAGAUUAACUGAUUAUCAAUAUAAUCAUUUACAUAAUCAUCAUCAAUUUAAUCAUCAUUUAUUGUCUUUCAUUGAUUAUAAUUUGAAUCCAAUGAAUGUGCCUAACAUUUUGAUUACAUAGAUAAGAUUGUAAACAACAAUUUAUAAAUUGUUGAUGAUACACAAAUUGAUUUUAAUAACCUUUAAAGUAUUUGCUUCAAGUGAUUUAACUUAAUAUUAGUCUUUAUAUCGGAUUAUAUUGGUUAGCUAAUUGUUUCAAGUGUAUUUUGUUUCGUGCCUAAAUUAACAAUUGAAACUCUUAAAGUUAAUGAUAUUAAUUGUUACAAGGAAAAAAUGAAAAGACAAUCAUUAAUGACCAAUGGUCGUCCAAUUGUUGGUAAUGGUGGUGAUUUAUUAUCUGGUUACCAUACAAUUCAACCUUCAACCUACAAUCACACCUUUACCUAUGGAUCAUCUUAUGCCCGUGCUCGUGAUGCGGCCGUUUUAGCGACCUCAUUACAUUGGAAUCGUGACAUUAAAUCAAUGGUCAACAGAUCACCUUCAUCAGGUAUAAAUAAAACCCUUUCACCGGACAAUCCAAUGAUACGAACCAUUGGUCAACACUAUUAUCCAGAGGGUGGUUGGGGUUGGAUCAUUUCCGUUUGCUCAUCCCUUUGCUAUUUUAUCACUGCUUCUCUAUUUCCGGCUCACAGUUUCCUCAUCCUCGAUAUAAUGAGAACCUUCAAACCAGAUGAAGGUAUUUUAGCUGCAGUUUUAAUCGGAGCUUUUUCAACUAUGGUCACUCUUAUAUUUUCACCGGUCAUCAUUGCCCUUUGCCGUCGUAAGAGUAUCAGGUUAACCGCUGUUGUCGGUGGCCUGGUUACCGCUCUUGGUUGUCUAUUCACUUCAUUUGCCACCCAAUUUCAUCAGCUGCUAAUCUCUUAUGGGAUUUUCAUUGGAAUCGGUGUGUCCAUGUUAAGAGAUACUUCUGUGAUAAUGAUUGGUCAGUAUUUUAAAAAGCGAAGAGAAUUCGUGGAAAUUUUCGUUAGCACGGGAAACGGCCUUGGAAUCGCAUUGAUGCCGAUCUUUCUUUCUUUUUGUAUAAGGUCACAAAGUUGGCGAACGGGCUUCCAAUCAUUGGCCUUAGUCGCUUUCAUCAAUUUUUUCAUCGGCGUUUUAUAUCGUCCAGCAUCACUUUACCAUCCCCAGCGUCGGGCAAUUUUACACCUUAAAAGUUUACAAAAGAAAACUCGACAUAACCAUCAUCGCGAAUCAGCGGCCACUAUUGCCGCUAUUAACGCGACCAACAAUAUAAUCAACAAUUUCAAUAACAAUAAGAUACAGAAAAAUGGUUCUCAUAACAACAAUGGUCAUCCACAAGUUACUAACGGUCCAUCUCAUGUUAACCAUGCUAAUGGUGGCCCAGGAUCGCAUACAAAUUCAGUUCAUGGUCAAAGUUCCCAUGGUAAAUCUGUUUACUUUGAUUUUACAAUUCUAAAGUCAAAAACAAUUAGAAUCUUAUUAUCUGGAACUUGUAUCUCAUCUUUCGGUCUUUGGGCUCCAAUUUUCUUACUGGCUUAUCAUGGUGAGAAAGCGGGAAUGGCCUAUUCGGCUCUUUUGGGUCUACAAACGUUUCUUGGCCUUGGAAUCGUUCUUGGUACCGUUGCUUUUGGACUGAUUGUGGUAAAAAAUAGCGUCGACUGUAUGAUCGCCCGUCAAUAUUUGUGUCAAGCUUCAUCUCUGAUGAUAAGUGCGUCUCUUUUAGCGUUUUCAGCGCUCGAUGAUUACUCAGGUUAUCUGCUUUUCGUUUGGAUUUAUGGUUUCUUUCUUGGUGGUUACAUGUACUCAUUGAAAAUGUACGUUUAUGAAAAGGUUCGAGCUCGAAACUUUAAUCGAGCCUGGAGUUUUGUCCAAUGUGUCCAAGCAGUGCCCAUUAUGGUCGGUGUACCAAUAACAGGUUUCAUCUCUGAGUAUUAUGGUAACAAAUCAGGAUUCUUUUUAUCAUCUUUUUGUACUGCUUUUGGUUCGUUAACUUUAUUCCUAAUCGAUGGGUCCAAACGUUCAUAUGAUGAUAGUAAACAUAAGAUAUCGAGUUUAUCACCUGAACGAACCUAUGGUUUUACUACAUCGGGAAUGGCCUUGGAUAAUUAUGAGACGAGUCCAGUUCCUUAUGGUAUACCUGAGGGCAGGGUUUUCAUUGACCCUCUUGUUUUCACGAGUCGACCUUUGAUUCCUGGUCCAAAUGGGACUGACAAUUUGGCUCAGGUCAAUUUCACUGCUCUGAAAGCUUUAUCAGCAGCGGCUGCAGCGGCCGCGGCAUCUUCAUCAUCGUCCAGUCAUCAUCAUCACCAUCAUCAUGUUUCUCAUCCAAGUUUAUUGGGUCAAGUUGGUUCCAAUCAUCCAACUAACGGUGAAUCUUGUGGUGAACUUUAUUCAUCAGUUAAUCAGCAUUCGUGUGGACCAAAUAAUAUUUUCAAUUCAUCGGGUUUAACCAAUAAUAGUGGACAAAAUUCAUCCUCACCAAGUACCAUUACAACAACGACAACAACAGCGGCAGCCGCGGCUGCAGCAAGUGCCGAGUUAACUUGUAUCUCUGAGGAAGUUUUCAUGGAAAAUUUAAUCGAUGAUUAUUGUCAAGCUGAUUGUAUUCACCCAAAUUCGGAAGAAAAAUAUUUAAUGUUAUCCGAAAUCAAUAAGUCUCAUAAUCACCAUCAUCUAAAUCAGAUGAAUGAAUCAACUCACAAUAAUUUAUCAUCUUUUGGUAAACACUCAACGGAAACUAAUGUGACACCGGGUAAAUCGAUUCUCAAUAGAUUCAAUUUGACACCUUUAUUAACCGGUGACAUGGAUCUAUUUGAGAACAGUUAUCCUUCCCGAGGUGGAAUGAAAUUUCAUCCAGUCCAAAGACGAGCCUCUCUUCCAAUAAUAAGUAAUACCGCUAGUUCGGCAUAUCUAAGUGAUCUUAACUGUCACCGUCAUAACGGUGAAGGUUCAACUACAACCGACGAAGGGUUAACAAACAAAUUGGCAGCAAUGGAAGGCGAUAUUGAAGGUUUUCUUGGCGAUCUUCUUAAUCGUAAAUUAUCAUCUUCGACCAUGGUCACUUCAGAAAACGGUAUAAACGAUUGUUGUUCAAUUGCCAAUAACAAUAAUGGCGGAUUACGAUGGCGAUCUGCCAGUGAAUCAACGGGAUAUAUUGGAGAUGAAGGUGGUUCAGAUGAUUCCAAUUCUGAUCAGGAUCGAUUAGUAAAUCGUUGUUCAGGUUGCCUUAGAUUCGUUCAACAUAAUCAUGGUCAUCAAGGGAUCGCCAUCAAUGAUGGUGGUGAUCAAAUUGAUUCUCCGUUGAUUGUGAAAAAUCAUCAACACCAAUCGAUUAGCCAAGAAAAUCAUCAAGUUCGACAAUCAUUUAAUCAACCAGAGACAAUUAAUUCAGUCUCACAAUCUUCAUCACAACCUCUUCCCUCACCAAUCACAGAAUCAACGCCAGAAUUAUUUACAGAGACGAAACUAUCAGAGACUAAAUCAACAAUAGAAAGUCCAACAAUUAAACAUAAUUUAAUCACCGAUGAGAAAGAAAUUAAUGAUUAUGAUAAUAUUAAUCAUUCUAAAAGAUUCAACGAGGAAUCGGUCAAAGACUGAAUGACCUUUGGUGACAUGAUGAAAGAGGAAAACAAAUUGUUAAUUCUUAAUCCGAUUAUGUAGUAAAAAUUGUUAAUUGUUUUCGAUUUUUUUUCUACUUUUCUAUUCUCAAUGUUUUUCCGUUAAUCGAUUCAUCGAUUGGAAAAAAAAGUUCUUAAUUAUCGCCAUUAAUUUACCAUCAUCAUCAUCAGUGUUUUCUAAUUAAUGUUUAAUCCGAUUGUUUAAUUGAAAUUGAUGUUAACAACAUCGACAAUCAACAAACAAGAAAAAGUGAUUAAGUAAAAAAAGAUUUAAUUAUCUUGGAAAUUGUCUUCGUAAUGUCCUAAA